AUGGAGAAGCCUCAGAAGAUCGUUGUUGUUGGUGCUGGUCCUGUGGGUUCGCUGGCGGCUUUGUAUGCUGCUCAGAGGGGACAUGAGGUUGAGGUUUAUGAGUUGCGGCCUGACCUCCGGGAUCCUAGCACUAUCCCGCUCAACUUCACAAAAUCUAUCAACCUAGCCAUCUCAGAGCGUGGAAUCAAUGCUAUGCGCCAUGCUGGCCAGCCGGGUCUACUCGAUCAUGUCAUGUCGAAUACAAUUCCCAUGACAGGGCGCAUGAUUCACGGCAGAGGCCCGACCGGAUCUCUGUUUGAGCAGUCGCAAGACUACGAUGUCAACGGACGGGCAAUUCACGCCAUUGAUCGGGCAGGCCUGAACAAGAGGUUGCUGGAUAUCCUGGAUAAUAUGCCUAACGUCAAGUUAUUUUUCAAUCACAAGCUUACAGGCGCAGACUAUCGCACUUGUCAGGCUUGGUUUGAGGUUACUGAUGGGAAAUCGUCAGAGGAGUCUCGUCCGCGAGAAAUUGGCAUUUCCUUUGACCUAAUGAUCGGUGCUGAUGGUGCCCAUUCUGCCGUUCGCUAUCAUCUCAUGAAGUUCACCCGCAUGAACUACCAACAAGAGUACAUCGACACUCUGUGGUGCGAGUUCCAGCUCAAGCCUAAGCAGAAGGACAACACAGCCGACCCAAUGGCCAAGUUUCGGAUAUCGCCUAAUCACUUGCAUAUUUGGCCUGGCAAGGAUUUCAUGUUCAUUGCUAUUCCCAGUGAUGACGGCUCAUUCACAUGCACGCUCUUUAUGCCAAGCAAGGAUUUCUCGGACCUCGAGAACAACCCAGCCAACGUGCCAUCCUUUUUCGACAGUCACUUUCCCGGCGUAACAGACCUAAUACCAGGCGAUGAGCUGGUUGAGUCGUUCAACACAAAUCCCCACCUACCACUCAUCAGUCUCAAGUGCAAGCCGUAUCAUCAUGCCUCUUCGUGUGUUAUCGUCGGUGAUGCGGCCCAUGCCAUGGUGCCUUUUUACGGCCAAGGCAUGAAUGCUGGGAUGGAAGACGUACGAAUUCUCUUUUCAAUCUUGGACAAACAUGCUCACAUCGACGAAUCCAAUGAUCCUGCCAACGAGUCCUUAUCUGCAUCAGGGCCAGCCUUUCAACGCUCACUUGCGUUGGCAGAGUACUCAGCAGUUCGUCCAGCUGAUGCACAUGCGAUCAAUGACCUCGCUCUGCAAAACUAUGUCGAGAUGCGGUCGUCUGUCUUGUCAAAACGCUAUAGGCUACGAAAGUACCUCGAAGAAACACUGAGCGUGUACUUCCCUCGCCUGGGCUGGCAAACAAAAUACUCGCGUGUCAGUUUUAGCAACGAGGGAUAUUUCGAUGUCAUCAAUAGGAGUGACGCUCAAGGCAAGAUAUUAGUGAGAGGCUUCUUGGCUUUGAUGGUCAGCCCAUUCCUCGUCUCGACGGCUAUAUUUACUUACAAGUACCGGCGUUCAAUCUCUGGCAUGAUAAAUGCGAUUCGACAGCUACCUUGA